CUGCUCCUCCUGGGGCCGGCCGCUGGGCUCACCGUGCCUUUUGUGCUGUCUUCUCUCUUCAGGCCAGCAAGAAUGCUGCUGUAGAUGACCGUCUCGCUCUCGCCCCACGUGCUAUGGCUGUACAUGGCCUCUGCAGGGCCGGAACGCUGUAACCCGGGCCCCAAACAGAAGAGCUUCGGCACCCCUCCAGCAGAGCGAGCGCAGCCGCGCCAGGCCUGGCGCAGCACUCCUCAGCAGGCGAAACCCAUCUGGGCUUUGGAGGGGCAGCACGGCAGUGCUUCCCGGGAGCGCAGCCCGCCGCCCUCGGGGAUCCCUUUGCAGCAGUCCAGCUCCCCGUACCCGCCGUCGCCAUGCCCCACGCGCCCUGCUGAACGCGCCCACCCCAGCCUGCCCCUGGCCCGGCCCUGCCCGGAGCUGUGCGGGAGCGCGCUGCUCUACCGGCGCUCCUGCCUGAGAGGCAGCUCCUCCAGGGUUCCUUUCCAAAGCCCCCAGGACCCCGGCUCUGCCACGGGAAGGGCGAUGUCUUCCGUGCUGAUGGAGCCCUGCCUGCUGCCUGUGCUGCCCGAGGAGCACAAGGGGUCUGGGGUCAAGGGCUCUGCCCUCAGCUCGGCUAGGCAGGCUGCCAGCUCCUACAGACCAGUGCUCAACACCAACCCCUUCCUACGGCCAGUCAGUGCUCAAGUGCCUUCGCUGCAGUCACCGGAGAUCAAGAAGCUGAAGAACGCUCCCAGCUUUCCUGCCGUCUCGUGGCCCUGCUCCAGGGAUGAUGGGGAUUGCUUCCCCAGCACCCCUGUGGUGCAAAGCAGCGACCAGGAGCAAAGCUGCGUCCCCUCCCUGACCCUCGCGCCCAGCAGCGUGACCCUCAGGAGGGAGCGGUGCUCCUGGCCGCUGGGGGACACCGAGAGGAGAGCGCGCAGCUUCAGCGGGAAGGAGCCAGAGCUCAGCCCUAGAAAGCUGGCCGGACAGACCGCCACCUCCAGCAGCUUUGGACGUGAAGUUAGAAGCCCCGGCAGGACGAAUGCGGGCAGGGUGUCCAACGGGAACAGGUGGGGGCAUCACAUCGUAGCGCAGCUCAGCCCGAAGGAAACCAUUGCUCCCCUGAACUUGGAGACGGGCAGCCGCCGCCUCGCCGGUACCUCGAGCCUUACGGGCACCCAGGGUGCCGUUGUGUGCACCAAGCGUGUCAGCCUUCAUCUCCUGGCCUCCCGCGCUGCCUCUCCCGAGCGCGGCACCGGCUGCCGGCUCCUGAGCACGCCGAGCCUCUGUGGCAGGGAGCGGGCGGCGGAGCCUCAGCACCCGGCUGCCGUCUCCCAGGUGGCAGCUCAGAUGUCCGCCAUCAGACUGGAGGAGGAGGAGAAACGGCCCUGGGCUGCGCUCCCAGGGAAGCCUGAUGUCGCUGCCGGGGAGUCGCUGCUGGAGCCAAGCCACCCCCAGGACGAUGUGGAGGAAGAACUUCCCGAUGGCCUGGAUGAGAGCUGCGGCACAGACGAGGAAGAGGACAGUGACUCGGAUGCUUCCUCUGUUGCUGGCGUGUCACCUAGUGGCUCUGUGGCCCUCGUAUCCAGGAAAUGCAUCGAGUGCCUGUCCCAGCCCACGGAAGAUCAGCAGAAGGUGCUCAAACCAGCUCUUGUCUGCAGUUUAUUCCCUAAUGUGCCUCCAACCAUCUACUUCAGUACGCGGGAUGAGAGAGUGGAAAAGCUGCCCUGGGAGCAGAGGAAGCUGCUGCGGUGGAAAAUGUGCACAGUCACGCCGAACAUCGUGAAGCAAACCAUUGGCAGGUCUCACUUCAGAGUCAGCAAAAAGAGCAAUGACUGGCUGGGCUGCUGGGGCCACCACAUGAAAUCCCCCAGCUUCAGAUCCAUCCGGGAGCACCAGAAGCUAAACCACUUCCCUGGUUCAUUUCAAAUUGGGAGAAAAGACCGUCUGUGGCGCAACCUGUUGAAGAUGCAGACUCGCUGCGGAAAGAAAGAGUUUAAUUUCUUCCCCCAGUCCUUCAUCCUGCCCCAGGACAUCAAAUUACUCAGGAAAGCAUGGGAGGAAGGAGCUAGCCAGCAGAAAUGGAUUGUGAAACCACCAGCAUCAGCAAGAGGCAUUGGCAUUCAGGUUAUCCACAAAUGGAGCCAGCUCCCCAAAAGGAGACCGCUGCUGGUGCAGAGGUACCUGCACAAACCCUACCUCAUUGGCGGGAGGAAGUUUGACCUGCGGAUCUACGUCUAUGUCACGUGCUACGAUCCCCUCAGGGUCUACCUGUUCAAGGACGGAUUGGUUCGCUUCGCCAGCUGCAAGUACUCGUCCUCGAUGAAGAGCCUCAGCAACAAGUUCGUGCACUUGACCAAUUACAGCGUGAACAAGAAGAACACGGAGUAUAAGUCCAAUUCGGAUGAGACUGCUUGUCAGGGACACAAAUGGGCACUCAAAGCUCUCUGGAGUUACCUGACCCAGAAAGGAGUUAACAGCGAGGCCAUCUGGGAGAAGAUUAAGGACAUCGUGAUCAAAACCAUCAUUGCAUCUGAGCCCUACGUGAACAGCCUGGUGAAGAUGUAUGUGCGGCGGCCCUAUUGUUGCCAUGAGCUCUUUGGGUUUGAUAUCAUGCUGGAUGAAAACCUCAAGCCCUGGAUCUUAGAGGUCAACAUUUCCCCCAGCCUCCACUCCAACUCCCCUCUGGAUGUGAGCAUCAAGGGCCAGAUGAUCCGGGACCUGCUCAACCUCGCUGGCUUCGUUCUGCCCAGCACGGACAGCACAGCCCCAAGGCCGCAGACCAGAAGUGACUCCACGUGCAGUCUGGGCAGUGCUUUGAAGGAGAAGCCCAGGCCAGCCUCUGAGCAUUUCACAGCAGAGAAGUUGAAGAAGGCCUAUUACUUGACACAGAAGGUACCUGACCAGGAUUUUUAUUCUUCUGUCCUGGACAUCUUGACCCCAGAUGAUGUCCGCAUUCUUGUGGAAACAGAGGACGAGUAUUCCCGGCGCGGGCAGUUUGAGCGGGUGUUCCCCACCCACAUCUCCAUGCGGUACCUGCGCUUCUUCGAGCAGCCUCGUUACUUCAACAUCCUGGUGACCCAGUGGGAGCUCAAAUACUACUUGAAUAAACACAAAGGUCUGGAGCUGCUGAAGAACUGGUGCAUCAAAGGGUACCACACCGGGGCGGGGACGGAUCUGGCCCAGACGUGGUCCUUGCCGAAGUCCUUCCUCCUCCAGAAAAGCGGUGCUCAGUCAAACGGCUUCAGCAAACUGGAACUGGGUGGACUGGGCAAACUCCUGCCUCCAGCCUCCGAGGACCUCAUGAGAUGCCUGGAGCCCAGCCCCGCUCCGAGCUUACCUCUCACCAAGCACGCUGCUGGAGCCGACCAGAAGCCUGCCGCCUGCCUCUCGGACGCUGCCCUGGUGCUGUGACCGGGCAGCUGCCGUCCCUCCCUGGGGACACCUCAACCUACCUCAAAGGAAGAAACGGGAGCUGGCUCUGCAGAGCGAGGACUGGGGAGCCCCCUGCGCUGCACACGUGCCUGCGGGCUGUUUUUAGGGAGGGCUGUUGUACUGGGGCGAGCUGGGUGACUUCCUUUUUUCAAACAAAUGGCAGGAGCUGGUGAAGUUGGGUUUGUGGCUGAUGUUCAAGCUGGACGGGGGGGGGGCGGUUUCUUUGCUGCAUGGGAGCUGUGAGCCAGUUUGGAGUCAGCCUGGCCUUCCCUUCCCUGAGCAGCAUGGGCUGAGCCUGUGCUUGCCCAUGUCCCCCUGCACUGACCCGGAGCCUCUGGGAGCCCCAGGGAGCUCAGUCUGCUCCCCCUCACUGCAGGCCAGAGCGGGGAGAGCCUGGUACCCCUGGAGAGAAGUUCUCGGCCACCACACUGCUCCUCUGGGAGGAGCAGGGCUUGGCCCUCCUAGCCCAUAUGUUUUAUCCUUUCUCAAUGCCCAUGCCACCCACCUGCCCUUUGCCAGCCGUGGGUUGUGGGCAGAAGCUGGGCCUUUUGCCCCCGCCUGGCUCCCUGUGGUACGAGCACAGCGGUGGUGCUGUGGGGAGCAUCCCCUCGGCGCUCCAUCCUCCAGGGUCACCUGCAGUGCGUGGGGGGGGCUGCAGGCAGGUGCUGUUCUCCUGGGUGCUGGUCUAUUUUCCCUUCGUUUUUCAAGGAUUUCCAUUAAAGUUUAGCACUCGGCUGCU